AUGUCCACCACGUUUCGAGUCUUUUCCUAUUUGAAAAGAUAUCCCCGACUCGCUCUCGCCCAGCUGAGUUGCGCUGUCGUGGGUACGCUCAUGGUCAUUGUUUUCCCGGAAAUCACCCGGCGGAUCGUGGGCGAGGUGAUUCCUCAAAAGCAGGAAGGAGUGCUUGUUCCGAUGGUGCUGAUCGCUCUUGGGGCAUUUUUCGCCCGGGAUCUCCUCAAUUCGCUUCGGAUCAUGAUCAACAACACCUUUGAGCAGAAGGUGAUCUUUGAUCUCCGCAGCGAUCUCUACCAGAAAAUCCAGCGAUUGCCCCUGAACUGGUUCGACAACAUGCCGACCGGCGACAUCAUGACUCGGGUUUCCGAAGAUGUCACGGCGAUGGAGCGAGUCUUGAUCGACGGAAUUGAACAGGGGCUGGUAGCGCUGCUGCAAAUUAUCAUCGUGGGAUUCAUGAUGUUCAGCUACAACCCGACUCUGGCCUGGAUCACCAUGAUUCCGAUCCCUUUCCUCAUUACUGGAGCUCUGACCUACACCUUGACGGCCCGUCCUCGCUAUCGGCGGGUUCGCAAUGCGACCAGUGCCAUGAACUCUCUGCUCCAUGACAACAUCGCCGGGAUUCGUCAAAUCAAGGCCUACACCAUGGAGAGCGAGGAGCAUGAGCGCUUCAAUCAGUUCAGUGACCGGUUGAGAUGGGCCACUCUCAAAAUGAUGCGGGCUUGGGCGACCUACAACCCUUCGAUGAGCUUCCUCAAUUCGAUCGGCUACAUUCUCGUUCUCGGGUUUGGAGGGCACGCCGCCAUCCAGGGAGGUCCGGAAGAGCUGGCUACUUUGGCCGCAUUCCUUCUGCUCCUCAGCCUCUUUUACGAGCCAAUCUCCCGUCUCCACCAGCUUAACAGUAUUGUUCAAGCAGGCCGGGCCGCAGGGGAGCGGGUCUUCGAUAUUCUCGACUCCGAAAAUGAGCUUCAUUCUUCGGAUGGUGAAGAAUUAACCGUUACCAAUUCCCAUAUUCAAUUCAAGGGAGUAGGCUUUUCCUAUGGCGAGCUGGCUACACUGAAAAAUAUUGAUCUCGAGGCCAAGCCCGGUACCAGCAUCGCCUUGGUCGGACCGACCGGAGCGGGCAAAUCCACGUUGAUCAAUCUGCUGACCCGUUUUUACGAGCACGACAGUGGGCAGAUCCUCAUCGACGGUCAGGAUAUUUCCCAAGCUUCCAAGCAUUCCCUGCGCAACAAGAUUGGCUACGUCACUCAGGAAAGUUUUCUCUUCAAUGGCACGGUGCGAGAAAAUCUCCUCAUCGCACGGCGCGACGCCACAGAUGAGGAACUCUGGUCAGCUUUGGAAAUUGCCAAUGCGGCUCACUUUGUGCGUCAGUUGCCGGAAGCUCUCGACACCCAUGUGGGCGAGCGGGGAGUGAAACUGAGCGUGGGGGAAAAGCAACGGGUCUCGAUUGCGAGAGCGUUGUUGAAAAAUCCUCCCAUCCUCCUCCUCGAUGAGGCCACGGCCAGCGUCGAUACCGAAACCGAGCGCCUGAUUCAGGCUGCUCUCGAGCGCCUCAUGGCGAAUCGGACCAACAUUGUCAUCGCCCACCGACUUUCGACCGUGCGCGAUGCGGACUGCAUUUACGUCCUCAAGGAUGGCGUGAUUAUGGAGCAGGGAACGCACGAGGAACUCUUGCUCCUGCCCGAUGGUCUCUAUGCCGAUCUCUGCAAGACGAGCUUCCUGGACGAAAAGGAGUGA